GUGAUCUCCAAUCGGGCGGUCGCAGCUUUUAUACGGCGGAGCUCCGGGUCCACGCCCCCCGCGGGGUCUCCUCCACUCGAACGGCCGAAAGUGAUUCGCUCCUCUCGGCUGUCAGUCGCGCCCCAUCCAGCGCCGCUUCCUGUGAGAGCCGCUCCGCACUGUGCGUUCAACUCGGGCUCCGGCAUGGACACACGCUCGCUCCGCAACUUUCCACCGGAGAUCCCCACGCCGUCGCUGAGCGUUCGACACCGAUUCUGCGUCCGCGCGGACAUGGACCUGUGAGCGGAAACCCACCGACCACGAGCCCGACGCGACUUCACGCCGCCGUUCGAACCCGCGUGUGUUUUCUCGGAGUUGCUCGGAGGAAGAAGAGGAGAAAAAUGCCCGUUGCAACUCUUCUGCCUUUCACCGCGACCCCGAGCAGGAAGUCCGCCAGUCCGACCUCCUUCAGGCUGACGGAGAAGUUCAUCUUGCUGCUGGUGUUCAGCGCCUUCAUCACCCUCUGCUUCGGGGCCAUUUUCUUCCUGCCGGACUCGUCCAAGCUGCUCAGCGGAGUUUUCUUCCACUCCUCCGCGGUGGAGACCAACACCCGCACCGGUCCGGACAGCGGCGACUCGGGCUCGGCCGGGAGCGACGACCGGGUCCUGGCCAAGAUCAAGAAGGACCACGAGAAGGCUCUGCUGGAGGCCAAGGACACCCUCCAGAAGAGACCCGACGAGAUUAAACAGGACAUCCUCAACGAGAAGGAGAAAGUUAACAAGGAGAGUUUGGCUCAAGGGGCGAAGGACGGCAAUAAUUUACCCUUCGUUGAGUACCACCGCCCGCCGGGGACGACCGGGCACGAACCCCUGGACCCAGAGACCAGGGACCGGCGGGCCAAAGUCAAAGAGAUGAUGAAGCAUGCCUGGGACAGCUACAGGCACUACGCAUGGGGUUCCAAUGAGCUCAGGCCCGUCUCCAAGCAAGGCCACUCAAGCAAUCUAUUUGGAAAUAUACAAGGAGCGACGAUCGUGGACGCCCUGGACACUCUCUACAUCAUGGAAAUGUUUGACGAGUUUGAUGCCGCCACCGAGUGGGUGGAGAAGAACCUCGACUUUAACGUGAAUGCAGAAGUGUCUGUGUUUGAGGUGAACAUCCGGUUUGUAGGAGGUCUGCUGUCCGCCUACUACCUGUCUGGAAAAGAGGUAUUCCGUAGAAAGGUGGUGGAGCUGGGUGAAAAGCUGCUGCCAGCCUUCAAAACUCCGACCGGCAUCCCCUGGGCCCUGCUCAACCUCAAGACUGGUAUAGGUAGAAACUGGCCGUGGGCUUCUGGCGGCAGCAGCAUUCUGGCAGAGUACGGCACCCUGCACCUGGAGUUCAUGCACCUCGGCCAGCUCUCUGGAAAUCCUGAGUUUGCUCAGAAGGUAAUGAACAUCCGGAAAGUUCUCAACCGCCUGGACAAGCCUCAGGGGCUGUACCCCAACUACCUGAACCCCAACAGUGGCCAGUGGGGCCAACAUCAUGUGUCUGUGGGUGGCCUGGGCGACAGUUUCUAUGAGUACCUGCUCAAGGCCUGGCUGAUGUCAGACAAGACUGAUGAGGAAGGCAAGAAGAUGUACUACGAUGCCCUGCAGGCGAUAGAGACCAACCUGAUGAGGAAGUCCAGCGGCGGGCUGACCUACAUAGCGGAGUGGAAGGGCGGGCUCCUGGAGCACAAGAUGGGUCACCUGACCUGUUUCGCGGGCGGCAUGAUGGCGCUGGGAGCCGACGGGGCGCCCAGCGACAAGACGGGCCAUCAGAUGGAGCUGGCCGCCGAGAUCACCCGCACGUGUCACGAGUCGUACAUCAGAACUGCGAUGAAGCUGGGUCCGGAGGCGUUUCGCUUCGAUGGCGGCGUCGAGGCCAUCGCCACGCGCCAGAAUGAGAAAUAUUUCAUCCUCCGUCCCGAGGUCAUCGAAACCUACAUGUACAUGUGGAGGUUCACCCACGACCCCAAGUACAGAGAGUGGGGCUGGGAGGCUGUUCAGGCCCUGGAGCAGCACUGUAGAAUCGAAGGAGGCUACAGCGGCGUCAGAGACGUCUACGCUUCGUCUCCGAACCACGACGACGUGCAGCAGAGUUUCUACUUGGCCGAGACGCUCAAGUAUCUCUACCUGCUGUUCUCUGACGACGACCACCUACCGUUCGACCACUGGGUCUUCAACACCGAGGCCCACCCCCUGCCCAUCAUCAGGAAGGACAAAACAGAAAUACCCAACGAGGUGGAGUAGUGGGCCGUCCUCCGCUGACUCCUCCCAGUUGAAAACAGAAAAAAAACAAGUGCGAGAACCUCUGAUCCUGUAAACCUGAGCCUCCAGCUGGAGUCACUGUCCGACGCCCCUCGAUCGGAUUUCACUUUUUAUUUUUAACGGGAUCUGAACUGAAUUCAAGCGCGUUGGAGCUGAGUUCUCGCUGUCGAGUCCAGUUUUGUUGUUGUGUUUUGUUUUUCUUAAUUUCGAGCUCCGACGCUGACGCGGGCUGACGCGUGAACUGUCGGAUGAAGCGCCAACUUGAGCGGAAUCGUCCCGGGAUGAGUUUAAAAAGGACGAUGUGGUAAAUGACAGGAUGACGCAGCGAUUAUCCUCAGACUGUUAGUUUUUAAUUCUUUGAUUAUCAAAGUUGUUCUUUCUGAAGAUGUUAUUAGAUUUUUCAUUUAUCGCGUUUUUUUGCGGCUCAUUCAGUCCGACUUUAUGACCAAUUGUCACGUGACGCGUCAGUCGUCGUGUUGUCAGCGGACGCAGCACGGUUUGUUUUACGUGAAGGAGAAAACUGACGGGACGUGAACCUGGACACAGAGGACGCUGGGUUUUUUUUUUUGGGAGCUGAACCCAGAAAGACUCCGGCUUUUGUUUUCCUGUCUGCUGGUUUCCUUAUCUGAAGAGGAACCAUCGCCGUCACCACCACCCGACUUUCGCAUCGUCUCCUUGUUUUUUUUUUGUUUUUUUUUAAACACGUGGUUGUUUCAGCGUGGGAGUAAAGACGCAGCACAACCCGAGCCUCUUUUUAUAAACUGUCUGCUUCCCACCCAUCUGACUGCCUCCCUCCCUCCCUCCUCCCUCCGAGUCUGUUGGACGCAGGACGAGCGGCCGACCUGUCAGUGA